AUGUAUUUGGAUGAUAACGAAUCAAAUAAUAGAGGAUAUUUUAGUCAUCGUCCAAUCGAUGUAUAUAAUAUAUAUAAUGUAGAACAAGUGAUAGUUGUUGUUGAUGAAGAAGAAGAACAAUCAUUUCCUGAUUAUGCUGAUAUUUUUCCUUCUAAUGAGAAUGAAUCUGAUGUUAGUAAUAGUUCUGAUGAUGAGAGAAAACAUGAAAAUAUUAAUAAAUUAGUAAAAACUCUUAAACGACAAAAGAAAAAGAUAAGAAUUGAGGAAAUUCGCCAAAAGGUUUUGUCGGAAUAUACUCAAUACUCAUACUGGGCCAAUCCUACAUCGUUGAUCAUGUAUAACAUAUCGUGGAUGCUUUCCAAGGAAACUAACUCACUUUUGUGGUGUGCUAUACUUGCCCUUACCAAUCAUUAUUUAAACAAUAACAUUCAACUUGAAAAAUACAUUUUGGAACUUUCCAAAUUGAAAAAUCAUGUUCACCGCUUAAAUCAUAAGACAGACCCACAAAACAACGAAAAAGUGUUUAUCAAAGUGAUAUCGGAGUUGAAUUUGUACAUGUAUAGGCAUUGGACACUUUUUGACAGCCUAUUCUAUUCUAAAAAUAUAGCCUGCCAUUUUAAAGUUUGGACCACUGCUGGCCGGAAACGCUUGAAUGAAUUUCUCGCUGAUAUGGGCAUACCUCUGAGUCAAAGCAAGCAAAAGUUUAUGUGCAUGGAUUUUCAAUAUAGGAAGAACGCCAAAAUGUGGAUUGAAGAAUUCGCAGAAAAAUAUAGAAUCGAAGACAUAAACUUUCCAUCUUUUUCUAUUUCAUUUGGUUAUAACAAAAGUUUCGGCGCUACAGACUACACGUUGGCACUAAAUUCAAUCUUAGAAAAUUCGAAUCCUGUAAAUUCUAAUAGACCUCACUUACCUUUCCAACACACAUGUGACAGCAUGCAAACCCAAGCUAACAAUACCGAUGCUCUUGCAAUUACUAAUGAAGAAAAUAAUCUCAGUUAUUCGGAAGAAAACCUAGACUUUUUUAGCACUCUCGAUUGCCUCUCUAUUAACAAAGAUAAUUUUUCUCUCCUAUGUAAGGGCAUAGAAUUAGCCAAAUCGCAAGCUAAACUCAUAUUCGACGAAGCGCUCUCAGUAUUAGACACCCAUCAGAUGUUAACCGUAGGACCAUUUUUAUAUGCCUCAUUGCCAGAGCACUCCUCAAAAACAGCCAGAUUCAUGAAUCCCAACAUACUCAGGCGAUUAGCAAAUUUUUUAUUAUAUGCAUACCAUGCCAAAAAUAAUAGCAAAAAGAAGACGAAAAAUUUGCCUUUAGCUAUUUGCGUUCCCCAUAAAGCUCACGAAAAUUUUCCGGAAUCGUGUACUAUCAUAGGAUUACCCCCUAUUUCUAUAAUUGAAACUUCUUCUAAAAAUUUUUUAGGCAAAGCAUUCGAACAAGCAGCUGGUAAUACUAACUCAACUUUCAAUCUCACGAAUUUCGACCCGACAAUCAUAAUGAUUAAGAGUAAGGAUAAAAGCAAGUUUUUCGACGCAUUGAUAUCAAUGCUGGAUUAAAAAUCGAAUUUCAAAUAUUGUUAUAGAACACUUUUUUGAUUUAUAAAUAAAUGUGCAUGAUCUUUUUUUUAAUGAGAUCGUUCAUUUUGUCAUUUUUUUUAUAAAGUAUGA